ACGGAUUAUUGAUCCAUCGCAGCGGGCCCUGAUGCGGCAGAUCGACCACUGACCGACGAUUGUUUACAAAUCGCAUCACAGAUCUUUUUCCUGGUUCCGCGUUUCGGGCCGAUUGUUUUCAACAUGUAUGAUUGAUUUCGGUGAUCGACGUGACCUGGCUACGUUCCGUUCAAUUGUACGAGAUAAGCCGUGUGCGGUUGGAUCUCACAGUAUUCUCAGUGCGCCGUGGAUCGCGGUUGACGGCUAACAUGUCAGGUGACAGGGAUUACAUCGGAUUUGCCACCUUACCAGAUCAAGUUCACAGAAAAUCGGUUAAAAGGGGGUUCGACUUCACUCUGAUGGUUGUCGGCGAGUCUGGACUGGGUAAAUCAACGCUGAUAAAUAGUUUAUUCCUGGACGACCUAUAUAAGAAUCGAAUCAUACCAGACGUUAGCGAAAGAAUACACAGAACGACUUGUAUAGAAAAGAAAACCAUGGAAAUAGAGGAGCGUGGAGUGAAAUUGAGACUCACCGUAAUAGAUACCCCAGGAUUUGGUGACGCUGUUAAUUGCGAAGAUAGCUGGAAAGUAUGUACUAACUACAUAGACGACCAAUUUAGACAAUAUUUCACUGACGAAAGUGGACUCAAUAGAAGAAAUAUCCAGGACAACAGAGUGCAUUGCUGCUUGUAUUUCGUUCCACCUUGGGGACACAGUGUACGUCAAAUGGAUUUGGAAUUGAUGAAAAGAUUGCAUCGAAAAGUAAACAUAGUACUAGUUAUAGCGAAAGCCGAUACUCUGACGACGUCAGAAGUUAACAAAUUGAAACAAAGCAUUUUAAACGAUGUAAAAGAUCACGGGAUACAAAUGUACGAAUUUCCCGAUUGCGACAGCGAUGAAGAUGAGGAUUUCAAGCAGCAAGAUAGAGAACUCAAAGCCAGUGUUCCUUUCGCCGUUGUUGGAAGUAACACGAUUUUAGAAGUUGGAGGGAAGAAAGUCAGAGGGAGACAGUAUCCUUGGGGAGUUGUUGAUGUGGAGAAUCCAAAACAUAGUGAUUUCAUAAAAUUGAGGACCAUGUUAAUCUCUACCCAUAUGCAAGAUUUGAAAGAUGUCACAGAAGACGUUCAUUACGAGAAUUUCAGAGCUCAAUGUAUAUCACAAAUAUCUCAACAUGCUAGAGAGAGGGGUAAACUAAAAAGGGAUUCCGUACCUUACGAUUCGGAAAUAAGCGAAACGGAUAAACUGCUUCUGCAGAAAGAUGAAGAGAUUCGACGAAUGCAGGAAAUGUUGAAUAAGAUGCAGGAAAAACUGAAAGUUACUGCUCAAGAAAAAAAACACGAAAGUAUUAUCGAUGUCUAACUAGCCUCUAGAAUCAGUAUUUUCAUUGUCCAAUAUUGUUCAACCAAAGAAUAUAGUUCAAAUUUUUUUCAUAUUUAUAAUCAAAUUAAUAUAUUAUUUCUAAUUUAUAUGUUGAAUAAAAAUAUCUGAAAACUA